AUGGAGGAGAAGGCUUCGCGAUUUGGUUUCGAGAAUGGAGAAGAUGAAGAUGAUGGUGGUUGUCGCGAGGAGCGUGGUGUCGCGGCGGGGGCACGGCAGUGGCUGUCCGGUGACGGAGCGGCGCGGCGGGAAGAAAUAGGAGUGUAUGGAGGAAUUUUAGGGGGUGUAAGAAUAAAGUCUGCCAUUUUGGCCCAUUUUGGUGGUGGUGGUAGAGGUAAGCAUGGUGGUGAUGCUAGAGGUGGAGGUGAAGAUGGUUGUGGUGCUAUAAUUGGAGGUGAAGAUGGUGGUGAUGGUACAAGUGAAGCUAAAGAUGAUGAUGGUGGUGGUGGUAGUAGAAAUAGAGGUAAAGAUGAUGAUGGUGGUGGAGAUGAAGAUGAAUAUGAUAAAUUUUUCAUAAUUUUUCUUCGAUUUUUUACAUUUGACACAUCGAUUUCUCCUUUUUGA